CUACGCCAAGAUGGGCGAGAUGAUGCUCGCCCUGUUCCGCCACCACCAGUGGAGCCGCGCCGCGCUGCUUUACAGCGACGACAAGCUGGAGCGCAACUGCUUCUUCACCCUGGAGGGGGUCCACGAGGUCUUCCAGGAGGAGGGUCUGCACACGUCCGCCUACAGCUUCGACGAGGCCAAGGACUUGGACCUGGAGGACAUCGUGCGCUACAUCCAGGCCAGUGAGCGAGUGGUGAUCAUGUGUGCGAGCAGCGACACCAUCCGGGGCAUCAUGCUGGCGGCGCACAGACACGGGAUGACCAGCGGGGACUACGCCUUCUUCAACAUCGAGCUCUUCAACAGCUCUUCCUACGGAGAUGGCUCGUGGAAGAGAGGAGACAAACACGACUUUGAAGCGAAGCAGGCGUACUCAUCCCUCCAAACAGUCACGCUGCUGAGGACAGUGAAACCCGAGUUUGAGAAGUUUUCCAUGGAGGUGAAGAGUUCUGUGGAGAAACAAGGGCUCAAUGAGGAGGAUUACGUGAACAUGUUUGUUGAAGGGUUCCAUGAUGCCAUUCUGCUCUACGUCCUGGCUUUGCACGAAGUGCUCAGAGCUGGUUAUAGCAAGAAGGACGGAGGGAAAAUUAUCCAGCAGACUUGGAACAGGACCUUUGAAGGUAUUGCCGGGCAGGUGUCCAUAGACACCAACGGGGACCGGUACGGGGACUUCUCGGUGAUCGCCAUGACCGACGCAGAGGCAGGCACCCAGGAGGUGAUUGGUGAUUACUUCGGAAAAGAAGGUCGCUUUGAAAUGCGGCCCAACGUCAAGUAUCCCUGGGGGCCCUUGAAGCUGAGGAUCGACGAGACCAGGAUUGUGGAGCACACCAGCAGCUCCCCCUGCAAGUCGUCAGGUGGCCUAGAAGAAUCAGCGGUCACAGGAAUUGUGGUGGGGGCCUUACUAGGAGCUGGUUUGCUAAUGGCUUUCUACUUUUUCAGGAAGAAAUACAGAAUAACCAUUGAGAGACGAAACCGGCGAGAAGAAAGAAACCUCGGGAAACAUCGGGAGCUCCGGGAAGACUCCAUCAGAUCCCAUUUGUCGGUGGCUUAAAAGGAAGCCUUUGCUUUCGGCCCGAGAUUCUUUGGGGAGAUUGAUGGGAUGAAAGACAUGACUGGAACAGAGGCAUGCUCUUGAAGAACUCAUUCUUUUAAGCAUUUAGUCAUUUCGUUGUAAAAUUUCUUUAGAAGCUCAGGAACUAUCAUUAGUCAUCAGAUGCCUCUCGGCCUUUCAUCUCAUGACAGGAAAAUAUCAGAAUAUAAUGUCACUCUGUUAAAUGUGCACACUGUUUCCAGGGCCUGUGUUGGAUUUAUGGUUUGAGAAUCUGAUGUCUCCCUAUCUUGCUGGCUUUUGGGGGCAUUUCACACAAGGCUAUAAAAUGGGGUUUUCUCAAAUGAAAUGUUUUAUAGCUAGAAUAAAAUCAUUUUUACAAGUAGAAUAUUCUUAGAAAGAAUUUAACACCCAAGAA